GGCUGGGCCUGCCUCCUUGGACCAAUCGUGGAGUAGUGCAGCCCGAUUCAAAACGUGUUCGGCUGGUGGCGGUUACAGUUAACCGUCUGAGUGAGCGGCGGCGGUAAGAGGAGAUAGAGCGAUCCUGCGGCCUGGCCGCUCUGCCCACAGCAUGUCCUACAAGAACAUCUACUACUCCGACAAAUACUCGGAUGAGAAGUAUGAGUACAGGUGAGCGGGGAGCUCGGGCGCUGUGUGAGGGCGGGAGGCCGCUGGGCUCAGGCUCUCCUUCCUGGUGAGAGCCGCCUCGUGUAUCGCGGGCAGCUGGCUGGGAGCAAGGCCGGCCGGACGGCCAUGGACACCGUGGGAUCUCCGGGGAUAUCCAUCGCUCUCAGGCCGUGCUCAGCCUCACCCCUGGGGUCACACUCUGCCCCCCGGCAUCCGUCCAUCGUGCCCAAUAUCCUGCGAUGGCGAGUUUCCUGGGCAGGCUUGCCUGGUGUCAUGUUAGUCACACUCUAACUGUAAAUGGCUAUAAAGAUAAAGCCCAGGGCACCGUAUUCUUUAUUAUUAAUAAAGCGCCAACAAGUUCCGUAGCGCUGUACACUGGGUGGACUAACAGACCCUUGUUUGUAACCAGACAGGUUGGGCACAGUGCGGUCAAGCGGUUUUCGGUUGACUUGAUAACUUUGCUUUAGUCUGUGGCUGUUGAUCGCCUCAUUGUUAGCCCUGCGGUUCCUGGUGUCACGACUACAGUGGGUGAAGUGGUGCUGGUAGUGGUCUUUAAUUAACCUCUUAAGGACACGUGACAUGUCAUGAUUCAUUUUUAUUACAGAAGUUUGGUCCUUAAGGGGUUAAAGUGACUUUAGGCUUCAGAACCACUACAGCUUAGACUUUGCAUUCUGGGCAAAGAGUUUACUACUGGCGGAGCGGUGUAAACCACCUUUUUUGCAAACAGGUAAAAUGUACACCGCUGCCUGAUCCUGCCUCAGGUGCUCUGCAUUUGGACUCACUGGGUUUGAUCCUGCAAAGAUCGCUGGUCCUGACACUCAAUGCAUCUCUGAGCAGAUGUGGAUUGCCCUUCUCUGGUGAACCAUUGAGUUGGCUGAGAUCAUCAGAACUGAUGAUCUAAAAUGUCUCUGUAAAAAGGCAUGCUAUCGUUGUGAGGUGGCCCACGGGUAAAAGGUAGGUUUUAGGAACCUAACCAAUGGCACUUCUAUCUUAAUCCAUUGCAUCCUCUUUUGCUUCUGAUGCUUUAUUUGCCAGGUUCUGACAUCAGGGCUCUAGUCUCGCACAUGUAGGUCACCGAACCUGCAGGGGCCCUUGGUGCCUGACAGGGACCCAGGUAAGAGGGAAAACUGUUGCAAAAUGAUUUGCCCAUGUAUUUGGGAACAGGAAUUAUAGACUGAGCCAAUUGUACAAGUUGUGACCAAAAUCAAACUUAAACGAAAACUGAAAUUUGCGUUUCACGUGCUUCAACCAGAACUCACAUCUUUCAUAUUAGGCUGGUGAGGAAACUCAGUUGGUAAAUUCCCAGACUACAGAACCUGUUUAGAAAAUGCAAGGUCACAGGUCCAAAUUCUGGCAGGGUAAACUCAGCCCUUCAUCUGCCCAAGGUCAGUUAAAAUGAGUUCCAUCAAUUGGAUAAGCUCUUUUAUUCAGCUGCCCGUUAGGUUAAUUCCGAGAGCAUGCGCUGAAAAGUACUUUGAGUCCCACUGGGAGAAAGGUGCUAUAAAUAUAUAGUUUUGCUCCAGAGAGAGAGGUUUUUCAUAUCAAAGAUUUAUAUUUGAAAAAUAAAUAUAUGAAAAAUAAUUUAAUAUAAAAGCUUUAAAAAAAAAAAAAAAAUUAAUCUGAGAAAUUCUAUGAGACCGUAUAGCCGUCCAGAAAUGAAAACUAACCCCAUCGUGGCAUACUAUUUGUUAAAGCAGACAACCCAAGGUAUUCAAAAUGGGGUGUGUCCAGUACCUUUUUUUUAAGUAGCCACUUGGUCACAAACCCAGGCCAAAGUUGGCAAUUCUUUAUAUUUUCUUUUUUUUUUUUUUUUACUCAAACUACCCUUUUACCAAUUUUAUCAGAAUACCUUUUACUGCUCUAAAACAUAUUUGUGUAGAAUGUCUCACUAGUACAACCGUACCCAUCAUGUACAGGUUUUAUGGUUUUUUUUGGAAAGUUACACGGUCAAAUAUAAGGUUUGCCAAUUUAAUUCUGAAAUUUGCCAGAUUGGCUAUGUUGCUUUGAGACUAUAUGGUAGCCCAGAAAUGAAAAUUAACCCCACAAUGGCAUAGCAUUUGAAAAAGUAGACAACCCAGGGUAUUCAAAAUGGGUUAUGUCCGGUCUUUUUUAGUAGCCACUUGGUCACAAACGCUGGUUACAUUGCAGCUCUAAGUUUGCCCUCUGUGACUUUUGGUCAGUUAUCUGAUGUUUGACGUCCUCACGGACUUCCAGCGUCAGAUUUUCCUCAUAUGAAAGCAUUUAAUAAUGUUCUUUCCUAUGUGGAAGUCAAAUGCAUGCACGCAUGCGCAUUGGGUCUCACCCGUCAGUUGACUUGGGCAGAGCCUGUCUCUGCGACAUCAGCGCUGGAUUCAGAUAAGUUGCUGAAUGGAUUUUAACUGCUUGGGCUGUCAGGCAGUAAUUCCUCCCCCCCAGGAUCGCUGUUCCAGGUAAGUACGAGACGGCUGGGCGUACUAUGCUGCCAACUGGAGUUUAGGCCCACCCGUUUUAAGGACGGUGUAGCACGCCAGCUGUCCUUGAGUAGUCAAAACAAAUCAUUUUAGUAUGUUUUGCAUAAAACACCAUUUUAAGCGAUGACCAAUAGUGCCACAAAGGAGGGGAAAUCCUUUUUGAUUCCGUAAUGGCAAUCAGAAUAUUUUUACCUUCUAUCAGCAUGCUGUUCCCAUGUAUGUAAAAGCUUGCUGAUAGAAGCCACUAAAUUACAACUACAGUGCAUUUUGUGACAUGCCAGACUUUGAGGGUCCUGUGUAGAGCUGCAGAUUGCUGUUGCCAAAAUUAGCAAAAAAAAAAUUAUUGACCAGCCCAGAACUCUUGAUCCAGGCUUGCUAAUGAUGUUCCAAUGACUCUGCCAUAGAUGGUUACACCUCCAGGGGAUAUGGAAUUAAAUUCAGUAUGUGCAGCAUUCCAUAGCAUUAUGACUAUUUCAGAUCAAUAAAGUUUAUGGUGAUUAACCCUUUUGUAGCCAUUUAAUGUUUACGUUUCCUUGUGGGAUUCUUAUUCCAAAAUGCUUGACUUUCCAUUUACCUAUUUUGAAUGUUGCCUGCCGAGAUCCAACAUAUGACUUUUUUUUUAAAGCUACUUCAACAUAAUUGAAACAGAUUAAUGUGAAGAGGAACAAAGGGAACCCUGAUGUACCCAACUUAACACUUGUCUGGUUUGUAGAUUUUUGGUCUGUGUAAGGGUGUGGAUUUUUUUAAAUAAAUCUACUUGUCCAAGGGUUUUAAAUAAAUCUACUUGUCCAAUAAAUCUACUGGCCCAAACUACUUGUAUUUCGUGGUCUUUUACUGACACAAAUUAUCUCCACCUUGGCUAUUGUAACUUUUUGCUUCUAGUUUUUCAUUUAGAUUAAAUUAAAGGGAUACUAUCAUACCAGGAAUUCAAAGCUGUAUUACUGACACUAUAGCUCAACCUGCAACCCCCCUCCUUUAUGAUCCAAGAAGCCCUCUAGUGGAUAUCUGGUAAACAGCCACUAAGGGCAGACUUAGUGCUGCAAUGUAAACAUGGAACUGUAAUGUUUAACAUUGCAGCACUGGGUGCAAAAGAGACACUGCACCAAGACAACAUCAAUGAGCUGGAGUGGUAUGGGUGCCUACAGUGUCCCUUUAAAAUUAGUUUCUUAAAGAAUAAACCUGAUAGUCUUACACUUUGACCUCCCCUGCAAUUGUCUUUGCCUUAGUGUUUCCCUCAUAUAGUUUGUAGGUAACAGAUUAACUUCCAUAGUUUCCGGAAAAAAAGUAGUUAUCAACCAAUCUUGGACUUUCAUUCUUUUGGUGAUUUAUGGGAUAGUUUGUUCAUUAUUUCUAAGUGGCUGGCUUUAUUCUCAAACCUGAAUAAAAAUGGAAAGCUAAUAGACCUUUGCUGCAGUUUUUAGGUCUAUAGACUUUGGAAUAAGCUUUUGUGUGAUUGACUAGAUUUAUUGUUUUUGCAUAAUGAUCCAGGAUUUGCUUACAUUGUCCUUUUUGGUGCAUUGGAUAUAUUUUCAUGAUUGUUACAUAAAAUGUGACCUUAAAAAAUAAAUAUAUAUGUAUAUUUUAUUUUUUUAAAGGUCACAUUUUAUGAGAUAUAAGCUGGCAACCAGAGACAGUGUUCUGGGCUGCUUGACAUGCCUUUUGGACUGUCCUAUAGCAGAAGUUCUGCUUCUAUAACGUUCUCAGCAGUGAAUUACUAAUGGUGUUUAAAGCACUGCGGAGUCCUUAUGGUGCUUAGACUGAUUAAAGGGACACUAUAGUCACCCAGACAACUUCAGCUCAAUGAAGUGGUCUGGGUGCCAGGUCCCUCUAGGGUUAAUCCUACCUGCUCUGAAACUGCUAUGUUAACAUUUGGGGUUAAACCAGCCUCUAGUGGCUGUCUUCUGGACAGCUACUGGAGUCGUGUUGGGCCUCCAUCACGCAGAGCGUCAAUAGAAAAGCAUUGGAAAAUGCUUUCCUAAGGACACUUUGAAUGCGCGCGUCACUGCCCUGCAUUCGGCAAGGGGAGGAGAGGUAAGGGAGCCCGGCGGUGCAAUAAGGUGAGUAACUGAAGGGAUUUUAACCCUUUCAGUACCACGGGAGGGGGACCCUGAGGGUGGGGGCACCCUCAGGUUACCAUAGUGUCAGGAAAGCAGACUUGUUUUCCUGACACUAUAGUGAUCCUUUAAAGGACAAUAUAAACAUAAAAACAACUUGAGCUCAAUGAAACAGUUUUAGUGCACAUAUCCUACCCCUGCAGUCUCACUGCUCAAUUCUCUGGCAUUUAGGAGCACGCAAAACAUUUAUGAAAUACUAAUAAAUGCACAAGAGUACAGCAAUGACAUUGGCAUCUGGCACUGAAGCAACUGAGCAGAAGAGGACAUGUUGGAAGAAGAUGGCGGCGUCCGCUAGGUACAGAUUCAGGUAAGUAGAACUCUCCUUCCCAGCCACCCACCAGACCACAAUAUCUGCAUCAGACGGUCACAGUGCUGCUUUAACCCCAUAACGACCAAACUUCUGGAAUAAAAGGGAACCAUGACAUGUCACACAUGUCAUGUGUCCUUAAGGGGUUAAAUCACUUCUAUAGGUUGAAGCUAAAUUGAUGCCUUGCCACUAUAUCCCCAGUAAAAAAGAGGGGAGAUAGGUACAGCGCAAUAUGGUCAGAUGGUGGUACCAGCUCCACCUAGGGGCUUGGACCCGAAAAUUGUAUAAACUGAAAAAAGAAGAAAGUAAUCUCCAACUAGGGAGAUCUUUAGAUGCUGGUAAUCAGUAAUGAAUGAAAAAAACAAUUGGAAUGAUUGACAAUUGUCUCUAGGUUACAGUAGGUAUGUAUCUGAGGGAAAAAUUAAAACUUAUUGUUCUUAUUGUAGUCACAUUUACUCUUUAACAAAAAUAUAUACAUAUAUAACUUUAUUGGUCUUUUGCCUAAAAAGGUACACUGUGAAAAAGAACAGAGCCCUAAAAUGACUAUUAACAGACUAGCAGUUGUGCCUGCUCAUAAUUAUGUUGCAUCUGGUCAAAAUAUAGCAAAUGUAAUGAUUGAUUAUCCACUUCAUAGUCUCCUUUAUGACCAAGUGCAAAAUAGUCUAUACAGAUAGCCGUCUGUUAGGUGGUAAUAACAAAAAUAACCCUGAAACCUACAGGGAUAUGUGAAAAAGAGGACCAAAAAUUGAAAAUAGUGUAGACUCUAAUCAUAUAGAGGUGAUAACACUGCAAAAAAGCGCAAAGAAUAAAUAAAUGAAAGUCAUACAUAGGGAGUCAGAUCAGCCCUUUCAUCUGUGCUUAAAGGACCACUAUAGUGCCAGGAAAACAUACUCGUUUUCCUGGCACUAUAGUGCCCUGAGGGUGCCCCCACCCUCAGGGUCCCACUCCCGCCCGGCUCUGGAAGGGGGAAAGGGGUAAAAACUUACCUUUUUCCAGCGCUGGGCGGAGAGCUCUCCUCCUCCUCUCCGCCUCCGUUACGCCCCGCCGGCUGAAUGCGCACGCGCGGCAAGAGCUGCGCGCGCAUUCAGCCGGUUUCAUAGGAAAGCAUUUACAAUGCUUUCCUAUGGACGCUGGCGUGCUCUCACUGUGAUUUUCACAGUGAGAAGCACGCAAGCGCCUCUAGUGGCUGUCAAUGAGACAGCCACUAGAGGAUUAGGGGGAAGGCUUAACCCAUUUAUAAUUAUAGCAGUUUCUCUGAAACUGCUAUAAUUAUGAAAAAAUGGGUUAACCCUAGAAGGACCUGGCACCCAGACCACUUCAUUAAGCUGAAGUGGUCUGGGUGCCUAGAGUGGUCCUUUAAAUAGCCCGAUUGAGUAGAGUAUGCAGAUGCAUUUGGAAAAAAGUCUGAAAUUGAGGCACCUGCAAUAAAAUAUUUUAUUGUAUAAAUCUUGCAUCAUCUGCAAUUUUUGAAGUCUCGAGCGAACAAUGAAACUAUAUAUCUAUAUAGUCCUAGUUUAUUAAAAGUCCUAAACAUCUUGAGUUCGACAAAUCGGUUGCCGUGGUAACAGAUUUGAGACUUGCCAUCCAGUGAUGUGCCUGCUGGCCAUGUAGUUGAAACUCCAUGCAUCGCUUUGCAUUUUUUGCAGUUUGAAGUAGCUCAUGCUGAGUGUGUCUGUAGUCCUGGCAGGAUUUGCAUGUCUAAGCAUUUGUCCCAUACAGUCAGGAGGAUCUUACCUGGAACUCGCUGCUCAGUAAUAUAACUUUUAUAUGUCCUUGUAGUGCAGUUUUUAUAGGCAGUUUCACAAAUGGAAAAUAUGAAACAAAGGCUCAUGCAUUUCCCAUGGAAAUUCAAACUUGUCCUACAAAGCAAUCUUACAAUGUGAUGAGUAGGUGCUUUCCCAGGUGCAUACACAUAACUGCUCCCUUGCAGUCCAGUACUACUGUUUCAGAUACAGUGCUCUAUUACAUUGGAACUUGAUCAAGCGACAAGGUGGAUUUGAUGGCAGUUUGCUGUAGCUGUUCACCUGUUACACAUGUCACAUGCUAACCAUGGCAAGUGCUAGUGUUGGGUUCUGGUUCAUGUCCACUUUUAAUUUUGUGAUAAUCACUUGGCACUAUUGAAUGCAGGUAACCAAAUGUAUAUCCACAGUUCUCCGUAAAUAUCACUUGUGGAUGAAAGUACCUUUUUGGCUUGACUAGUAGCUUAGUACUUAAGUUUUUAUUAAGUAUUAAUCAGUGUUAAAAUGUCCCAAUUGUCUUAGACCAGUGGUAGUCAACCUUUUUCCACUUACCGCCCACUAAUGCAUCUUUCUUGAUGGAAAAAUUUCCUUACCGCCCACCAGUUUUCGCGCAAGCGCGGAAUAUUUUUUAGAAAGGAGGGUGUUUUAAAAAAUACAUAAAUGAACGUACAUUUAUCUUUUUAUUUCUACUUUAUGCAUGUUUAUAAUGUUUUUAACUUUAUAAAGUUUAAUGAGGAAGCAAUAAAGUAAAUUGAGCUUACCUUUACUAGUGAUUAAUGAGAUCCUUGAGGUUGAUGCUGCGAGACUAAAUAUUUGAUAUCUGGUUCGAUUUUUAUAAGGAACAAACGAAGGUCUCCUCUUUCAGUGAUAAUCGGAAGACUUCUUUGUUUGCUCAUAAAAUGAUUUCUCAUCUGUGCGUCAGCUCCCCUCCUCUCCCUCCUCAAUUCCCCUUCCCACCUUUUUCCCCUUUUUUCUAUUUUUUAACCUUCCUUAUAGCAAUGCCCAAUAGGAAGGCUGAGCUAGGUAGCCCACUUACUAUUAUUAGUCAACAACAAUUCUCUCCUUUUCCUUUUCUUUCCUUCUCCUUUUUUACAAGUACUCUACUCCUUCUUUCCUCUAUACUAGAAGUACUCUACUCCUUCUUUCCCCUAUACUAGAAGUACUCUACUCCUUCUUUCCCCUAUACUAGAAGUACUCUACUCCUUCUUUCUCCUAUUCUACAAGUACUCUGCACCUUCUUUCUUCUAUUCUACAAGUACUCUGCUCACAGGCAAACACAUACACACACACACACACACACACACUCACAUUGAAACACAUACACACAAAUAUACACAUACUCACACAUGCACUUACAGACACUCACACAUGCACAGACAGACCCACAGACACACACACAUACACUUACAGACAGACACAUACACUUACAGACACAGACACAUACACUUACAGACACAGACACAUACACUUACAGACACAGACACAGACACAUACACUUACAGACACAGACACACACAUACACUUACAGACACACACACAUACACUUACAGACACACACACAUACACUUAGAGACAAACACAUAUACACACAAAUUAUUAAUAUUAAAUAUCCACCCAGCCUCCCUACCUGGAGAGCUGGUGUGGAUCUGUCCCUGGGGUCCAGUGGGGCUUCACUUAGGCGGGCGGCUAAUCAGACGCGGCGAGGGAGCUCUAACCUCUCUGCUCUGCUCCCUCGCGGACUGUCUACGGAUGCCGGGAGCCGGAAUAUGACAUCAUAUUCCGGCUCCCGCGGCAUCAGCAAACAUCGCGCGAGGGAGCAGAGCAGAGAGGUUAGAGCUCCCUCGCCGCGACUGAUUAGAACGCUGCCAUGCCGGGGGUCCAGAAGGUGGCCUGGCAGGAGGGAGCGCUUCCUCCUGCCGGUCACUGAAGACUUGCGCAUGCAGAGCCGCUCGCGCCCGCCCAAAAGGAGAAAUCCUCUUAAAAAGAGGAUUUAGCCUCAGAAAUCCCUACCGCCCACCUGGAAUCCUAAAACGCCCACUAGUGGGCGGUAGGGACCAGGUUGACGACCCAUGUCUUAGACGAUAUGUGUCAUAUUUCUGAUAAUUGGUUUCUUGUAAUUUACUAUGUUCGCUAUAGAGAUGCAUUGAUUCCAUUGCUGCGCACACACAAUGGCCUCCCAACUCUUUCUUAUGGGAAACCAUUGGAUUGGCAUAGAUCGAGGUGGAUGAUCUCUGCCAUAAUGGUGGUGCCAGGCGCUGCGUGGGAUUAAAGUUGUAUAACACCUUUCCCAUGGGAUCUAAGGGGGAGGAGUAUAAGUAGUUAAACUCUAGUGUCAAGAACGUGUGUUUGUAUUCCUAGCAGUAUAGUGUCAGAAAUAGAAGUUUUAUUUCUAGCACUAUACUGCCUUUUCGUCUCUCUGCUUCAAUGCAUUCCCAUGGGGUUUUUACUGAUAUUGGAUGUGUUCGUGCAGAGCGUGAGGACGUCCAGUAUCAGUUGGAUGACCAAAAGUCGCCUAUCAAGCAGGAAGUGCCUCUAGUUGGCUGUCUUAACCCUGCAGUGUAAUUAUUGCAGUUUCUCAAACUCAAUGACCUGAAGUGGUUUGGGUGCCUAUUGUCCCUUUAAAGAGACACUAUAGUCUCCAGAACAACUACAGCUUAUUGUAUAUGUUAUGGUGAGUGGAGUAGGCUUUUUACUGUAAACACGAAUACAAUGUUUACAUUACAGCCUAGGGAUACCUCUACUGGCUACUAGAGGCAUUUCCUGUAAGUGCUGCUAAUUCAAUGCAUCUGUAUGAGGAGAUACUGAUUGGCCAGGGCUGUGUUUGGCUUGUGCUGGCUCCGCUCUUGAACUGCCUCCUUGACAGCUUCAGCCAGUCCUUUGGGAAAACAUUGAGAUUGGCUCAGAGAAUCACUUCUGAUGUUGGCCAAGCAGGCAGAUCAGGGGCAGAGGCAGCAGCUGCAGACUUGAAUACAAGUAAGAUUUUACUAUAUUUAGGGAGGCAAGAGCAGACCAGGGAGGGCUAUAUGGUUGGGAAUACAUGUUGGUGUGACACUAUGGUGUACCUUUAACUUUAAUUUACAGAGCAGGAGCUAAAAGCCUCUAAAGCAAGUUAACACCUGAAAGUAAACUAAUUUUGUCAUGCAGGUUGUCUGUCACAACCAGGAGAAUGUGACAAGAACUGAAUAAACCAGUAAUUUUACUCCUAAAUGGCAGAGAAUUGUGCAGUAAGAUUGCAAGCACACUAUGCACUAGAAUUGCUUCAUUAAGCUGAGGUUGUUUGAUGCAUCUAGUAUCCCUGUAAGUAUCUGAACAUUUUGAACUGGACUAGGUUUACUGGUUGACCAGUGUUAAUUUUAUUCCCAUUAAGGAUCAAUGACUGAUUUAUUUAGUCAUGGCAGUCUGUGCCAAGAGGAUACACGAUGGAAUAUUUCCAUCAUGUGCUAAAGCUAACGCCAGAUUGCUCUAUCGUGUGGUUAAUGCUAUUGCUUGGUGACUCGAUGUCAGAGACUGAUCAGCAACAGCAAAUAGUGCUUAUUUAGCACAUGUGAUCGCUGUGACAGCCAAUCACAGUGCUGCUGGGAUGUCUUAGCCGCCUCCCUCCAUCUCAAAAGUUGUGAAGUGGAGAGAGAUGGAUCAGAUUUACUUUGUGUGUUCAUAUUGAGUAAAAUCUGUACAAAAAAAACACAAUUUUACUAGAAUAUUUAGCGGAGAUUGGCAUUUAACAGGCUAUGUUAAAACGUGUCAAAAUACCCUUGGGUAAAUAGCCUGAGAUGUCUGCUGUAUAUAAAUGUGUACUUUUUGUGUGGCAAUUUUGUUUUCUGUGAUGUUGUAAAGCAUACCAGACAUACUAAAUUCUAAGAUUGCACCACAUUGACAUUUUUGUAACCCUUGUAUUUUGUGACCUGUAACAACCAAAAAUAAUCUGAAAUCCUAGACACAUGAUGUACUCUGUAAAUCAGAACAAAUGUAUUUUUAAAUGGUAUAUAAUUUGUUGGUGCAAUAAAUGAAAAUGGUGGAAAUUGCUGUUCAGCGCAAAAAAAUUGCUUCGGUCUUUAAGCGAAAAAUAGGCUAAUGAAGAUUAGUCUUUAAGGAGUUAUACAGUAACAAAUAUAUUUUGGCAAUUGCCAUAUGGAGAAGCUUCUUUGUAAAAUUGUCAGUUUAAGUAUUUUGCUUACAAUUUUAUUUAUUUUUUGAUGGUAAUGUUUGUGCAGUGUAUUUGAAGGGAAAGUAAUGACCAUAAUCUUUUCAUAUCCGCAACCUCACAAUACAUUCUAUGCCCAGUACAGUAUAAAAUGUUUCAAGGUUGGGAGGGUGGAUCCUUGUUAUCUAGAAAACUUGACUUGUUUAACCCUCUGUUUCUAAAUCAUCUGUAUAUUGUUUUUUAGGCAUGUUAUGCUGCCAAAAGAGCUGGCAAAGCAAGUACCCAAAACACAUCUAAUGUCAGAAGAGGAAUGGAGAAGGCUUGGUGUCCAGCAAAGCCUUGGUUGGGUUCACUAUAUGAUACAUGAGCCAGGUGAGACUAUUGAUAGUGUGACUUGAAUUUGCUUUAAAAUCAAAGCACAAACCGCAUUAGUGGAGCACCUGCUAAAUAUUUUAUAAUUGUUUUUUUUUUUUUUUCAUAUUUAAUAUAAAACACAAGCAUGGAGGUACAGAAUCAAAAUAUGGAGUAUUUUCACAAGAAGGGGGCGGCAGAGGGAGCUGUGAUGACAGGAAUACAGCCUAGUAUUCUAGCAAACAAGAAAAAAUGUUUCGGCCAGUAGCCAUUUAUCAAUGCUGGAAGGACAUCAGCAUUGAUAAAGGGCUGCUGCAGAAACGUUUGUAUUUUGUCCUUCAAAUUGGUAACACCAGGGGGGUGCAAUUAAAAAUCUAAUUGCACAAGACUCCAAUUUUUUCUUAUUUGCCAUUAUACAUUGGUGGAACUACAGUGUGGAGACAUUUCUGCACUGUGGAAAGUUGUUUGGUUUGUAUGGAAAUUAGUGUAGGCAUGUAUCUUGCUUCUACCUCAUUGCACAUAUAGUGACAGCUUUAUAUUCCUGGCAUUAUAGUAUCUCUUUAAAGAAUGUAUUGUUCAAUUACUGUGGCUGCAGCACUCAUGCACUAAUUAUGGAUAUGUUUAUCUGUAUCAUUUUUAUUUUACUUUUUUGCAGAGCCCCAUAUACUACUUUUUAGAAGACCUAUUCCAAAAGACCAACAGAAAUGAACUACUUUCCACCUUCUGGGACAAUCUGUAUAUAUUGUAGUAUUCAGUGAAUACAAAGACUGACUCAAAACACAGCUGUGCAAGAGCUGUAUUAACAGCAGAAGAGCUCAGUUGGUGCAUCUAGAGAUGGAGCUGCUAUGUCAAUUUCCUUUUGUUUGUCUGUCUUGUCACUUAGUGUUCAUCCUUUCUUUAAUUGGACCACUUGUUUAAUAAAGUUUACAUGUUGCAUGCAUGUCUGAUCUUAUAUUGACUAAUGUGUUUGUUGUUUUUUUGUUUUUUUUCAUGUCACUCGGUUUUAAAAGUUUAAAACUAAACUAUGUAAGAGCACAUCAGGGGUAUAAGCCACCUCUGUCAUUUGUGGACUAGUGAUCUUGACUAGCAAUUAUGUGUUAUAUAAGAGAGGCUCCAAAAGUCCUAUGCCACUAGCCUGGUCGAAAUAGUUACUCACCACAGGAAGUCUGGAGAGUCCAUGGCAUACUCACCAAGGGGGUGAAUUGCUGUUCUUUAGGGCUGAGUUUGUAAUCACCAAAGGCUAGUUGUGGGUGGAAAUUGAGCCUUCUAUAAUUUUUUUAUUUUUUUUUAUCAAAUGCUGAAUUUUCUUAACUUGAUAUUGACUGAAUCGUUCUAGAAGUAGUUCUUUUGAGUUAAUAAAAAUAAAGUAGGGUGCUCUUUAAAAGAACACACAUCUCGAAGUGUUUAUGGUGACUGAAGUACUCCAGUGCAGUUUUAUUGAACACUUUUUGGAUUGUUUAACACAGAAGUAGUGUCCUCUGGUGCCUGUUCUUCCACAUUAUCAGAGCAGCAAAGAUGCUGCAGCUAGGCACCCGAGUACACUAGUUGAAGACUUUAACAAUCAAAAACUAGGAGACAUUACUGUGCCAGUGGACCCAAGACACUAUAACCACUUAAUUGGUGUUAUGUGGUUGUUUGCAUUUCGUCUAAGCUGUAGGCUUUCAUAUUUCUGGAUUGCAACAGAGUUGAGCUCUAAUUUAUUUUAAAUUUACAAUUGUUCCUGUCUUUUGACCAUAUGCACACCAAUAUAAUGUAUACAAAACUUUUUUACUUUGCUUCAUAGUAUGUAAUGUGAAAAAUUGCUAUAGUUGCCUGAUACUUUAAUUGGAAUAAAUAUUGCAUUUGUUUCCUUGUCAAUGUAA